UACAUCAACAUUCAACACCGAUAAAUUUGUAAUGAUGAAAUUGUGAUCAAAUUAUAUUUUCUCAAUUAGAAAAUGAGUGGAAAUAAAAAUAAACCAGUGAUAGACGCGGGCCUAUGUCGGUGUUGUGGUGCUACAAAGAAAUGUCGCUUAUUAAACGUGGAAUAUGAGUGGCAAGGCAAAAGAGAAGUGUACUCAGAAAUGUUUGUGGAUUGUUUUGGUUUGAUGCUGUCCCAUUUAGAAGUGGAACAAAUGGACCGGCUCAUAUGUGCGACCUGCGUGACGCGGCUACGAGAGGCAUGCUCUUUCAGACACCAAGUGCUGGUCUGUGAACAAAAACUACUGCAAUCUAAGAUACAAGUCCAUGAAGAUAGCACCUCCUCUGAUGUGAAAGUGGAGGUGGUGGUGAAACCGGAGAAUGACGACAGUCAUAUGUAUAGUGAUGAUGAAAGGGAUCUUGAGCCACUCAGCGAUAAUGAAAGUCAAAUUAAAAAUGAAUUGCUGACAGAAAGACAACAAGAUGGAGUAGAUGUUGAAAACACAUUGAAUAAAACGGUACCUGAUGUGGAACAUUUGAAAGCUAAACGGGACAUGUUGGCUAAAUUGAAGAAAAUGAAGGACAAGUUAAAAGUUAUACAGAAAAAAGAUAAAACAAAUAAUUUAACUCAACAACCAUUAGUCACAUCCAACAAAUUCACAGACAAAGAAUUUAACACGUACCACAACACGCUCACUAUAAUCGAGAACUCCUACGUCUGUCCAUUUUUCACCAUCUUCAGCGAUUAUCACUGCAUCUACUGCAGAGAACUGUUCACGGAACCCGACAAACUAAUCGACCACACGAUGACCCACGACCCCAGAGACUACAAAGACGUAGCCAUCGAGAAGAAGAUCCCUUUAAUCGAUAUAACCAGAGUCGACUGUCGAUUAUGCGCCGCUAGAAUCGACGACAUCGAAACACUGAAAAUUCACAUCACUACGGUACACAAUAAAGUGAUAUACGAUGAAAUUGAUACCGAAUUUCUGAAGUUUCGCCUCAAACCGGGGAAAGUGAGCUGUGUGGAGUGUGGCAACACUUUUAGCUUCUUCCACGCGUUGAAACGACACAUGGCCGAGCAUUUUGGCAGCCAUAUUUGUGACGUAUGCGGCGCCCACUACUUCGAUCAGCACGGCCUAUCCAAUCAUAUGAAGACUCACGCCCAGAAACCGGAAGAAACAUACGUUUGCAAACACUGCAGCAAGAAUUUCAAGUCUAAACAUGGUCUUUAUUACCACAUGACGCACAGGCAUAGUACUGUGCCAUCGUAUCCUUGUUACAAGUGUGAUGAAGUGUUAUUCUCAUAUUAUAAAAGAUAUAAACACAUGAUGGAUGUUCAUGGUGAACAUAGAUCGUUUCCAUGUGAGAAUUGUGAUAAAGUAUACAAUAACAGGAAGACUUUAAGAGAACAUAACAAGAAGAACCAUUUGAGGAUACUAAAACAUGAGUGUACGGUUUGUGAUAAGAAGUUCUAUCUGCCAUCAGCUCUGAAAGACCAUAUGAUGUCUCACACAGGAGAGAGGAAUUACCGCUGUGAAUAUUGCGCGAAGACUUACCCUCGACUGCGGGCGUUGAAAGUACAUCUACAAUCCCAUGAGAACGCAAAGAGAUAUAAGUGUGCGUUAUGUAAUAAUGCGUAUACGCAGGCGAAUAAUCUGAAGACGCAUAUGCGUACUAAACAUCAGGGUUUUGAGGUCAAAGAUGAUGAUUGAAAGUACAAACUAAUUUGUAACAAAGAUGUACAGGUUUUGUCAAAUGGAAGAGGAAACUACACAGUAUGUGUCGGCUAAUUUUAUGAAAAUUGGUAAUCUUUAUUCGAAGAAUAGAAAAACAAUAACAGCAUUGCAUAUAUUGCAGAGUCGUUACAUUCUUAAAUCUAUUUUCUCAA